UCUGCAGGAAGUUGUGCGAAUGUUGGAGGGGAUUAUCAUUAUGCUUAUAGUGUUGUGAGAGGUGUGGAUAUGAAUUUGCCAGUAGAUGUUCAUGUACCGGGGUGUCCGCGGACGUUGCUUUUUGGGGUGUUUGAGUUGCAGAAGAAGACGAGGAGGGAGAAGGGGAUGAGGAAAUGGUAUCGGAAGUGA